AUGUAUGUUGGGAAUGUUGCGUUACAACCUGUUCAGGAAGAAGAGGAGCACUAUAUGGUUGGCCGAAUCCUGACAGAUAAGGCUAUCAAGUUCAUGUUUUUCCGUGACACAAUGACCAAUGUUUGGCGGCCUUCUUUCGGUAUGAAUAUCAAGGAGCUUCAGCCGCGAAAGUUUUUGUUCCGGUUUUAUCGUGAGAAGGAUAUCUCUCGCAUCUUGGAGGAUGGUCCUUGGGCCUAUGAGCAAAGCUUGCUGAUCCUCAAAAGAAUAUCUGUUGCUGAGGACCCAGAAACGGUGGUUUUGGAUAGGGCUGAAUUUUGGAUUCAAGUACAUGGUCUCCCAAAUGGCUUGCGAUCAGAAGCUGUUCUAUCUGCUGUCGGUGGCUACAUCGGCAGAGUUACAAAGUUGGAUGAUCGCAACUUUGAUGGCUCUAUGAGGCUGUUUUUUCGAGUAAGGGUUGAGAUUGAAGUUGCUAAGCCUCUUAAGAAAGGUAUGUGGUUGAAAAAGGAUAACGGGGAGUGGGCAAAGGUGGACUUUCGCUACGAACGCCUCCCUACGUUCUGCUUCAUCUGUGGCCUUCUUGGUCAUGGUGAUAAAUUUUGUCAUAAAGAUAGUCCAGUGGUGAAACCCUAUGGUCCUGAUUUGAGAGCAGGUGGGCGGAGGAAUAUUCCGGCAGAUGGGUUACGUUGGAUCGCGCCGGAAACCACACAAGAACGGAGGCAGUGGGUACCGCCGGGUAGAUCGGAGACUGAGAAUGAAAAAGGAAAGAAUCCGAUAAUUACUCCUGAUGAUUCGCUUGCUAUCAGUAUUACUGAGCCUCUGCAUGGUAAUGUUGUGCCAAGUAAGGAAAUAUUGGAUAUUCAAAAUAAUUCAACGCAAAAUGUGUGCAUGGAUAAUUAUGAUGAUUCUAUUACCAUAAUGGAUCCUAAAAGAAGGCGUACUGAGUCUGAGGAGGAAAAUAAGUCUGGUCCAAUUGUGCCUAUGGAUUUUGAGCAGAUGAAGGAGGCAUUGGAGGUGGGUUGGCCUUGUUAUGGCGUGACAGGUAUUGCAAAUCUUAUUAGUUUCUCGAGUAACCACAUUGAUGUUGAGGUUAGGCUACCUGGUAGCGAACCCUGGAGAUUAACGUGUUUUUAUGGUUACCCCGAACGAAACCGCCGACAACAGUCAUGGGAUUUGCUACGGUCUCUCAAAACAAAGUCCGAUCUUCCUUGGUUGGUGGCAGGGGAUUUCAAUGACUUAACUUCUCAAUCUGAGAAGCGGGGUAUUCACCCACACCCCAAUUCUCUUUUGGAAGGUUUCACGCAAGCCUUGGAAGAUUGCAGCCUAUUUGAUAUUGGUAUGCGUGGUAGGAGAUUCACGUGGGAGCGAUGGAAAGGAACAUCGGACUGGGUUGAGGAGAGGUUGGAUAGAGCGGUUGCGGUAGCAGAAUGGUGUACACUGUUUCCCCAAGCCACAGUGUAUAAUCAUGAGGUUAUCACUUCAGAUCACACGGCUAUUUAUAUUGAGCUUGAGGGGCCUCGAAUAUCUCGUCAGCAACGCCGCUUUUUGUUUGAAAAUGCAUGGUUAAAGGAAAUAGGUUGCAAAGACGUAGUGCUUAACUCUUGGUACGCAACCAUGGGUGAUGCAAUCCCGAGUAGAUUAAAUCAUUGUGGCGAAGUACUUCGGAGAUGGGGCGGUAAUUACGCUAAACGAUUGCAAACAGAAAUUCAAUACAUUCAACAUCGUUUAGUAGGUUUGCGUGACAGACGUGAUACUCAAAGUUUAUCCUUAUUUCGUGAGUUGGAUGAACGCAUGCGUGCUUUAUUUGAUCAACUAAAUGUGUUUUGGCGUCAAAGGGCCAAACAACAUUGGCUUAGGCAUGGGGAUAGAAACACAAGAUUUUUUCAUCUUUAUGCUUCUGCAAGAAAGCGUAAAAACAGAAUUGCAAAACUCCUUGAUGAAAAUAAUCAGUGGGUCGAGGAAGAUGGUUUAUUGAAUUUGGCUGCAAGAUACUAUCAGAACAUCUUCACUACAAAAGGGGUACAGUUUGACGCUGCUUUAGAUGAUUUGGCGAUGAAAGUUUCUGAUGAGGAUAAUCAUAACCUUAUGCGGCAUUUCACCAUUGAAGAAGUUAAGGAUGCAUUAUUUUCGAUGGCCCCAGAUAAAUCUCCCGGUCCAGAUGGGUACAGUCCAGCGUUCUAUCAGUUUUUCUGGAAUGAGAUUGGACAAGACGUGGCUGAGUUUGUUAUUGAUUGUGCCAUGAGUGAUAGUUUUUCGUUGGGAUUCAAUGAUGCUUAUAUUACCCUUAUCCCGAAAAAGAAGAGUCCAAUCAACAUGGGAGAACUCCGGCCAAUUGCUCUCUGCAACGUUACCUACAAAAUAUUAUCAAAAAUGAUUGCUAACAGGUUGAAACCAAUUCUGCAACGCAUAGUAUCGGUAACUCAGAGUGCUUUCUUGCUUGAUCGUUUAAUAACCGAUAAUGUAAUAGUUGCUUCGGAGGUAAUUCACUACCUAAACCGAAAAAGAGAGGGAAAAGAUGGAUGGUGUGCCUUAAAGCUCGACAUGGCGAAGGCUUACGACAAAAUGGAAUGGGAGUUUUUGGAGUAUAUUCUGAGUCGUUUAGGCUUUCAUGCACACUGGAUCAAGUUGAUUAUGAGAUGCGUCUCUACUGUCCGAUAUAAGGUGGCGAUGAAUGGAGUGUUAACUGAUUUUAUCGUUCCAAGUUGCGGGUUGAGACAAGGAGACCCGUUAUCGCCUUACUUAUUUAUCUUAUGUGCUGAAGGACUCUCCCAUUUGAUUUCUGGAGCAGUGAACAGAAACCUCAUCUCACCUUGUGUAGUUGCUCGUAGGGCACCUGGGGUCUCACAUCUCUUCUUCGCAGACGAUAGCUUAUUGUUUUUCAAAGCAAAGGUUGAGGAAGCAGGGACGGUUAAGCAUUGUCUACUCAAUUAUGAACGCAUGUCUGGCCAACAUGUCAACUUUGAUAAAUCUUGUGUUGUCUUUAGCAGGAACACUAAUGAGACAGUAAGGACACAGGUGGCAGCAGUGCUCUCUGUUAAUCAAGCGGGAGAUAUCGGGAAAUAUCUUGGCCUACCAAUGGGGGUAGGCCGGAAUAAAAAGGAGGUGUUUUCCUAUAUAGAAGAGAAGCUAAAGCAGAGACUUAGUGGCUGGAACAAAAAGGUUUUAUCUAGGGCCGGGAAGGAAGUAUUAUUGAAAAGUGUCGCUCAAGCCCUUCCAACCUAUACCAUGAGUGUCUAUAUUUUACCCAUUACUUUUUGUGAACGCAUUGAGCGUAUGAUGAAUAAGUUUUUGUGGGAUUCAGGUGGCCAAGGUGGAGGGAUUAGAUGGCUAUCGUGGAGCAGAAUGUGUAUUCCUAAAAAAGAGGGUGGUUUGGGGUUCAAAAGCUUGAGAAAUUUUAAUAUUGCUUUGUUAGCAAAGCAGGGAUGGAGAUUGUUGACGAAUCCGUCUUCGCUAGCUGCACGCCUUCUCAAAGCAAGAUACUUCCCGAAUGGUGAUUUCUUGACUACCACUAUUGGUGCAAAUCCGAGCUUUUGUUGGCGAUCUAUCUUGGCCGGUCAGGAGGUCCUACGGAAAGGUUGUUUCCGGAGGAUAGGUAAUGGUAUUUCGACUCGGGUUUGGGAUCAACCGUGGCUGCCUGAUGCAAAUGAUCCGUUUGUGCAUUCUCCCAUCCAACAGCACGAUCCAACACUGAAGGUUAGUGAUUUAAUGAUUCCGGGUUCAAAUAGUUGGAAUGUUACUUUGUUGGAUCAUAUUUUCAUUCCUCGUGAUGUUGAUCUUAUACUUAAGAUUCCAAUCGCUAACCAGUUUGAGGAUAAUUGGUGUUGCCGUGGGGAUCUUCGGGGUAUGUAUUCAGUAAGGUUGGGAUACCGUUUGUUAUCCACUGUGCAUGAAAAUAUUGAACCUGUUUGGUGUGACAUCUGGAAACUUAAGCUACCUCCCAAAGCUUUGAACUUUAUUUGGAGAUGUGUUCACUGCAUUAUUCCAACUAGAGUUGCCCUCCAUAACCGUCGAGUGGAUCUUGAUACCAUGUGUCCUCUUUGCAAUUUGCAACCAGAAACACUUAAGCAUUUGUUUUGCCAAUGCAUUCAUACUGUAUCACUUUGGCAGAAUAUUGCAGAUUGCAAUCUCCCUAAUGAUGAUAUGACUUUUGUUGUAUGGUUAUCUGCUUAUCUUAGAGAUGGUAAUGUGCAGAAAGUUUGCUCUAUUACUGCCUUGUGUUGGUGUUUGUGGCAAGCUCGUAAUAAUCUGGUUUGGAAUAAUAAACCUUGGCAGACCGAUCAGAUAUGGUUGGAAUAUCAACGUGUAGCCGCUGAAUGGUUGCAAAUGGGAGACGCUGAUUCGGUGGAAGGUGGGAGCACUGGGUUUUCGCAUGGCAUCAAUAUGACUGUGCAAGCAGAUGUGUACUAA